AUGGCUCAUUCACUCAAUGAACAGUAUAUAGCAGAUACCGUCGGCAAUGAACGAGCAUCAGCAGACACCACUGCUCGUGAUCGACUUGAAUCAGUGGCCACCACUGUGCAGCCUCCUGGCCGCAGUCCCAACCCUUUCGAUCCAUCAGCACCUAAUUGUCAAGAUUGGCUGCAGGAUUACGUCCGCAGACUGGUUGAAGAAGGGUUCAUAGGAAGCAGCGCCAGCUCAGUCGUGCAAACCGCUCCAAGGGUCAUAUAA